AUGACUACACCAAUUUUCCACGCUAAAUCGACAGCAAUCGAAGUUGUUAAAGGUCUUAAUGCAAAAUUAAAUGGAAAAGUAGUAAUUAUUACUGGUGCUACAUCAGGUAUUGGUGUUGAAACAGCUCGUGCAUUAGCAUCUGCAAAUGCACAUGUAAUUAUAACAGCACGAGAUAUGAAUAAAGGCGCACAAGUUGUUGAAGAUAUUAAGAAAACAACAGGAAACAACCAAAUUGAAGUAAUGGAACUCGAUCUUACUUCACUUCAAUCAGUAAGAAACUUUGUUAAUCAAUUUCGAGCACGUAAAUUACCAAUCAAUAUUCUUAUAUGUAAUGCAGGAAUUAUGGCAUGUCCAUAUUCAAAAACAGUCGAUGGUUUUGAAUCACAAUUUGGUGUUAAUCAUCUGGCUCAUUUUCUUCUAACAACUAGUCUACUACCGGAACUCAAGGCUGGUAAACCAUCACGUGUAGUUGUUGUUAGUUCAGUAGCAAACAAACGUAGUGGUAUUAAUUGGGAUGAUAUUAAUUGGGAGAAAAAUUAUGAUAAAUGGCUUGCAUAUGCUCAAAGCAAAACCGCUAAUAUUCUCUUUGCUAAACAACUCAAUAAAUUAUAUGCAUUGGAAGAAAUUCAUGCCUAUUCUUUGCAUCCAGGUGGAAUUAUGACUAAUUUACAGAAAGAUGUACCAAUCGAGGAACAACGUGCAAUGGGAUGGUUUAAGGAGGAUAGUACUACCGUUGAUCUUUUCAAAAAUGUUGAACAAGGCGCAUCAACUAGUGUCUAUGCCGCUUUAGCACCUAAUCUUGAUAAGUAUGGUGGAGAAUAUCUUGAAGAUUGUGCAAUUAGUCAAGGAGUAAAUUCAAAUCAAAUAUAUUCGGGUAUGGGGUCACAUGCAGUAGAUAUGGAGGCAGCUGAACGCUUAUGGAAAUUAAGUGAACAAAUGGUUGCACCUAAAUAA